AUGGCACGGCUAUUGUUUCUGAUUCUCCUCUGUGCUCUUCCAUCUCUCGUUGUGCCCAUACAUAAUUCAUCUGCUGGAGGCUGUGCCAUCAUCCGGCCUCCCAGGGACGGCGGGAUCCGCUACAGAGGCCUAACACAAGAACAGAUCCGCAGUGUGCAGAUCCUGCCCGUGGAUUAUGAGAUCGAGUACAUCUGCAGAGGAAACAGAGUGAUUGUGGGACCGAAGGUCAGGAAGUGCUUACCCAACGGCACAUGGACGGACAUGACGCAGCCCAGCAGAUGCUUGCUGUUGUGCCCGCGGGUGUGGACGUCUCUGGAGAACGGCAGGGUGACGGCGAAGCCUCCCGGGCCACCGGUGGAAGGAACCGUACUCCAUUACAGCUGCCAUGCCGGCUUCAUCCUGGAGGGCAGAAACAUCAGCCAUUGCACUAAGCUGGGCAAGUGGGACGCGCCUAAACCCACCUGCCUGUACGACAGAAACUACACAGGCAAGAAGAAGCUGUACAUCGGAGCGCUGUUCCCCAUGAGCGGAGGCUGGCCGGGCGGUCAGGCGUGCAUGCCCUCCGCUCAGAUGGCUCUGGACCUGGUGAACAACAGGAGCGACAUCCUGCCCGACUACGAGCUGGAGCUCAUCCACUACGACAGCAUGUGUGACCCAGGAGAAGCUACAAAGUUGCUGUACGACCUUCUGUACACUGAGCCCAUCAAGAUUGUCCUGAUGCCCGGCUGCAGCGGCGUCUCCACGUUGGUCGCCGAAGCUGCCCGCAUGUGGAACCUCAUAGUGCUGUCCUAUGGUUCCAGCUCGCCAGCCCUGUCCAAUCGCCAGCGUUUCCCGACAUUCUUCCGUACACAUCCGUCAGCCACCCUCCACAACCCCACCAGGGUGCGGCUUUUCAAGAAGUGGAAGUGGACUCGCAUCGCCACCAUUCAGCAGACCACAGAAGUCUUCACUUCGACUCUGGAUGAUCUGGAGGAGAGGGUGAAGGAGGCAGGCAUCGAGAUCAGCGUUCGCCAGAGUUUCCUCACCGACCCGGCUGUCGCUGUCAAGAACCUCAAGCGCCAGGAUGCUCGGAUCAUCGUGGGGCUCUUUUAUGAGACUGAAGCUCGGAAGGUGUUUUGUGAGGUGUUCAAGGAGAAGCUCUAUGGGAAGAAGUAUGUGUGGUUCCUGAUUGGCUGGUACGCUGACAACUGGUUUAAGAUCAAAGACCCGGCCAUCAACUGCACGGUGGAGAACAUGACGGAGGCUGUGGAGGGACACGUGACCACUGAGAUCGUCAUGCUGAAUCCUGAAACUGUCCGUGGAGUCUCCAACAUGACAUCACAGGAGUUUCUUGCUGCCUUGAUGUCUCGUCUGGGAGGGAAGAACCCCGAGGAGACCGGUGGCUUUCAGGAGGCCCCUCUAGCCUACGAUGCAGUGUGGGCUCUGGCCCUGGCUCUUAAUAAGACCGUGGCACCGCUGAAGGCUAAGGGCCGCCGUCUGGAGGACUUCAACUAUAAUAACCACGACAUCACGUCUGAGAUUUACAGGGCCCUCAACACGAGCUCCUUUGAAGGGGUUUCGGGCCAGGUGGUGUUUGACGCCCAGGGAUCCAGGAUGGCAAUGACUCUUAUCGAGCAACUGCAAGGAGGCAGUUAUAAGAAGAUUGGUUACUAUGACAGCUCUCAGGGGAACCUCUCCUGGUUUCAGAAUGAUGUUUGGAUAGGUGAGGGGCCUCCGGCCGAUCGGACGGUGGUGACCAAUGAAUACAGGUACUUGUCUCAAAAGCUGUUUGCGGCCGUGUCCGUCUUUGCCGGCCUCGGCAUCCUGCUCGGCAUCGUCUGUCUAACCUUCAACAUCUAUAACGGGAACGUCCGGUACAUCCAGAACUCGCAGCCCUACCUGAACAACAUGACAGCGGUGGGCUGCAUGAUGGCGCUCGCCGCAGUGUUCCCGCUUGGCAUCGAUGGUUACCACGUCGAGGAACCUCAGUUUCCCGUCGUCUGCCAGUUCCGCCUCUGGCUCCUCGGCCUCGGCUUCAGCCUGGCGUACGGCAGCAUGUUCACCAAGAUCUGGUGGGUCCACACCCUCUUCACCAAGAAGGACGAGAAGAAGGAGAAGAAGAAGCAACACUUGGAGCCAUGGAAACUCUACGCAACGGUCGGCGUGCUGCUGGCUAUCGACUUCCUGUCACUUAUGAUCUGGCAGAUUGUGGAUCCUCUGCACAUUACUAAGGAGAAGUUCACUAAGGAGGCCCCUAAAGAAGAUUUGGAUGUCCUGAUUCAGCCCCUGCUGCAGCACUGCAGCUCAAAGAAGAUGAACACGUGGCUCGGGGUGGUUUAUGGCUACAAGGGUCUGCUGCUGCUGCUGGGCAUUUUUCUGGCCUACGAGACCAAGUCUGUCUCCACAGAAAAAAUCAAUGACCAUCGGGCUGUGGGGAUGGCUAUUUACAACGUUGCUGUGUUGUGCCUGAUCACAGCUCCAGUGACUAUGAUCCUGUCUUCGCAGCAGGACGCCUCCUUUGCCUUUGCCUCUCUAGCUAUCGUCUUCUCUGCCUACAUCACCCUGGUGGUGCUCUUUGUGCCCAAGAUGCGGCGUCUCAUCACCCGCGGUGAGUGGCAGUCAGAGCAGCAGGACACCCUGAAGACCGGCUCAUCCACCAACAACAACGACGAGGAGAAGUCCCGGCAGCUGGAGAGGGAGAACAGGGAGCUGCAGAAGAUCAUCCAGGAGAAAGAGGAGAGGGUUUCGGCGCUCCGCAACCAGCUGGCUGAACGACAGGCUCUACGCAACCGCCGCCGGCCCUCCAUGGGCCAGAAUCAGAACCACAAUGCCCCGCCUCCUUCAUCCCAGCCGGAUCCCAAGUCCCUGCUCCCUCCGCCCGGCUAUCCCAACCCAACCACAGACAAUCAUUCCCUCCCACCUUCCUUCUCCAACUCCUCCAACCUCUACCCAGCGGACAGCAAGAUGAGCCGCAACCACUGUCACAACAGCCAGAUCCCACUUCUGUAUAAAUAGGUGAACCACGGGAGGGCCCGGGUGGGGGAGGCGGUCGCACGAUGCACACGAGGGACACAGAACACCACGAGACACUGUGAGUUUCACUUGUUCGGGCAAUGAGCACAGCGGUGUAGUGACACUGUUUUAAGCUGCCGUGAGUACACAGGAGAGUCACGCAGGUAACACCCAUCCUCUAAGUUCUGAUCUCACUGUGUUCAGGCACACGUGGAGGCUCGACACGGCAAAAAGCACACCUGAGACGAGCAGCACUCGAUGUCUUUUUCAGAGAUCGCGUGAACAGUAGUCCAUUAAUCAUUCUUCAUUUGUUAUCUGGUUUUGUUGUGGAGACACCGUGUCGAGGAUCUUCAGAGGAUGUGUUUGUGUCUUUGCCGUAUCAUCGCCACAUUUCGUCUCUCGACUUUGUUGGUUAGACAGACGCAUACAGUAGUUAUUUAUAUCGGUCUGUACUAUUUGAUUGUUUUGUCAGAUUUGUUGUUCUUUGUUAACCUUUCAGGAGAGUUGUGAAAACUGAAAUUUACAAAAGGACAAAGCAAUGUACAGUUUUUCUCUCUAGUGUUUCCUCUAAAAAGCAGCUGAGAAGCUCAGAAGUGACAUUAUUAAACAGCCAUAAUUUAAAAAGGCCAGGGAGCUAAGCAUGCAUGGAUGUGUGUCGUCAGGACUGUGUGUUCAAGUACAAACCUGCAUUUUAAUAAGCUAGUUCCUUAUUAGACCCUGAUCAACACGAGGACAGUUUUGAUAGUUGGGUUUGAAAUCAUACUUUACAAUGUAUUUUUGGAGAUUGUGUUGCAUUUAUUUAGCAGUGUAGUACAGUAGUAGCCAUCAAGUAAUUCCCUCAUCCUGCAUCUAAUGUAUCUUGCAGAUGUUGUCAGACACUGAAGCAGCCACUGCAAAUGUCCUAAAAACAACAUUUUUAAGAAAAGCGAGGCUAACGAGAGUUUUGGCUGAUUUCCCCUUCGAGGUCGAGUCCCUGUGCGCCUCUGGACCUGACGCCCUUCUGACUGCCUCCAUGCAGAAAAUAGAAGCGUCACAUAAACUGACCCAACAGUCAUAUCAUCUGUGGUGAUCAGGUUUGGGGCCAAACGCCAGCUGCCAGUGGCUCACAGAGUGCUCAGUAUCAGUAUCAGUGCAGACGUUUGUCCCCAAGGAUCGCUCUUUGUUUGCAGACAUUCAAAAGGUUAAACACGUUAAUUUAUUCUCCACGCUCAGCAUUUACAGGAUUCCUCCUGGGGGGCAGUUGUUUUUAUUGGCAUUGUGAAUUUGUGCCCCAGACAGGUUUAUCUCCUUGCCCCCCAAAUAAAUGGUGAAGUGUCUCCAUUUUGAUACUGUGCAUUAGAAACACUCAGAAGUGGUUUUUAGAGCGAGCAGACUGAAAGCUGCGCUCAGUCCCGAGGUGCAGCAGGAGACGACCUUGAAAGGGAGAUGAGCCAAACUGAAUGUGGUUUUUAUGCUGGAGCUGUUUGAUGUGCCCCCUGCUGUCUAUUCUGACAGCCCAGUUUCUGCUAAAUGUUUCCAUCACCUGGGUGCAGGUGCCCGUCAUCCAUCUUCAUAUGCAUAUGUGGUAAAGAUACAUGAGGAUGGAAGAACUGGAGCCAUCCAAAUUCUAACCUAGCAGGAGAAGAGUCUGUACUUUCUGCCUUCUAAAAAUCAAAGCCACUUUAUACUUCGACAGCAGUGAGACUGCGCUGAGUCCAGGGGCUUCUGUGAUGGCUGUUACUGUAGAUAUGCAGAGAAAGCACAAGUUUUUAUACCAGUAAAAUUGUCACCCGUCAUACUUGUAAACUUCUUUAUUUCUUUAAAUGAGAUAUAUAUAUAUGUAUACUUUCCCACAGACAAUCGGGAAUGAAGCUCAUUUUUCUGUUUUGCCUUUGGAUAAGAUGUGAAAGUUUUAAAGAAGGACAUAAAGUCGUGUGACAUCGUGUAUUUAUUCAGCAGUUAAUGCCGAUGGACCAUUUCAUUCACGAGCUGUUUCCAGGUUUUAUAAAUCAGUGACGCCUGAACAACUCUGUGAGUAACACAACACUCUGUCAGAUAUGCUGAAAUAUGUCAGCGUGCACUUUAAACAGUCUGUGUCGCUGGUUCAGCUCAGGGUUCACAGGAGGACACACAGUCAGCUGCAAUGAAUGAAAAAGGCCAUUUUUAUUAACUGUGCAGUACCGGGUCACAUAGUGUAAUAUAUGAAUGCAGAAAUACAUUCAGAAAUGUUCUAUUAUCUUGCACAUAUAUAAUAAUAUACAUGGAUUUGGGGAUAUUUGUAUUCACUAUAUCUAAGAUCUUAAAUGUUAAUAUAUUUCAGAGUAUGUGUAUGCAGAUAUAUGGCUACGUAAAUAAAAGUCAUUGUUUUUUCA